CAGCGAGCCGCACAGUUCGAAUCGAGAGGUGACAGUGAGCGGACGGACGAAAGAACGGACGGACCACUCGAAGCCAACGAAGUAAAUUCUCUGGUUUGUGUUCGAGAGCCUUCGGUUUUUUUGUUUUUGGAAAAGGUCCGCAAAGUGCAGGACAAGUGCAGACGAACUGGAAAAAGGCAAAAGCCGGUUCUGUGGACGUAAUUGACGCUCCACGCAUCAACAACCGGUAGUCGGAACCACAGUGAUAGCUCGUCAUCGCGCGAAUGUACCAAACCAAUUUCAGCUGUUGAGUAAUCGGAAUUCGCAAAACGUGUUCCGUCGUGUUCCGAAGUGCAGUUUCUUGGUUUUUUUUUUGGACAAAAAAGGACAAAACCGGCGAAUCGAAAUGAGUAAAUUCAGUGGCCUUCAGAAUGGUACCACGAACGGUGUGCACCACAUCGUCAAUGGGCAUCAUCAGACGAAUGGCCAUACCGGUGUACCGGAGCACCAUGGGACUCGAAACGGUACGGACACACACCACCGGAGUGUGGAGUCCGGGGCCGGACCGUUCAAUAUGCCGCGUACCGAGCAUGUUGGGUACACCUAUGAUACGCUGAAGGAGAUCGCUAAUUACCUGCUGGCACGUACAGAGCUUCGCCCCAAGGUGGGCAUCAUUUGUGGCUCGGGACUUGGCACGCUGGCCGAUCAGUUGACCGAUGUGGACAGCUUCGACUACGAAACGAUUCCACACUUUCCUGUCUCCACCGUAGCAGGCCAUGUCGGUCGGCUCGUCUUCGGUUAUUUGGCCGGUGUACCGGUUGUCUGCAUGCAGGGACGCUUCCAUCACUACGAGGGCUAUCCAUUGGCCAAGUGUUCGAUGCCUGUUCGCGUGAUGCAUCUGAUCGGUUGCACGCAUCUGAUCGCCACGAAUGCGGCCGGUGGUGCGAAUUCACAGUAUCGCGUCGGGGACAUUAUGCUGAUCCGCGAUCACAUCAAUCUGAUGGGCUUCGCUGGGAACAACCCCCUCCAGGGACCGAACGAUGAGCGGUUUGGGCCGCGAUUUUUCGGAAUGGGCAAAGCGUACGAACCACGAUUGAUCCAGAAGGCCAAGGAGAUCGCGCGGCAGAUCGGGAUUGAGAAUGAGCUGCGCGAGGGUGUGUACACGUGUCUUGGUGGGCCUAACUUUGAAACCGUGGCCGAGGUGAACAUGCUGAAGAUGCUGGGCGUUGAUGCGAUCGGGAUGUCGACGGUGCACGAGAUCAUUACGGCGCGGCACUGCGGUAUGACGUGCUUCGCCUUCAGCUUGAUCACCAACAUGUGCACGAUGAGUUACGACGAGGACGAGGAGCACUGUCACGAUAGUAUCGUCGGGGUGGGCAAAAACCGUGAGAAGACGCUGGGAGAGUUCGUGAGCCGGAUCGUGAAGCAUAUCCACUGUGACGGAAAGAAGUGAGAGCUGAGAGAGAGAGGGAGAUUCGAGGUACCGCUAGAAUACUUUAAUUAGUGCUUAGUUAGUACAGUAAGUCUUUGUAGGUAGCAUGUUUUAUGAAAAUGACUGGCCAGGAGCUGUAAUAAAGAGGAACGUUAUAAUGACAAACCAUGA